AUGAUGCAGUUAGUUGCAGAGGUUAAAGAAAAGCUCGAAAAAGAACAUAAUAAUCUCCCAAUUGGGAAGUACGGAAGAGAUGACGAGGAGAUGAUCCUUUGGUUUUUGAAGGAUCGAAGAUUUUCAGUUGACGAGGCUGUCUCGAAAUUGACCAAAGCCAUUAGAUGGCGAAAGGAAUUUGGCGUAUCGGGUUUAUCAGAAGAAUCAGUUUCUCGCUCGGCAAAAACUGGUAAAGCUUAUCUGCACGAGUGCUUGGAUGUAAAAGAUAGACCGGUUUUAAUAGUGGAUGCAUCAAAGCAUUUCCCCGGGGAGCAAGAACCUUCUGAAGAUGAGAAGCUAUGUGUGUUUUUGAUCGAGAAGGCACUUGCCAAGCUCCCACAUGGAAAGCAAGAAAUACUUAUUGUUAUUGAUCUACGAAAGUUCCAGCCCCAAAAUGCCGAUAUUAAAUUGAGAAGAAAUUGA